AAUUGGGUUAGCUGUUUCUGAGCAAUAGAGUCAAGUCUCAAUGACAUUGAGAAAAGAAAUCUUUGCAUCGUACUUGAAGAACAAUCUUUUGCUUUGUUGACAAACACUCGUCGAGAUUACCGCCAGACAGAUUUCGGUAAGAUGUCUUUAUUAUCGUGAGUGAUAAAUAUGAUAUCGGUAAAAUCACUUCUAUCUUAUUUUGUGAUACAAUCACUGAUAACCUUAUAUAAAGUUGUAUAGGUCAACUACUAAAUUAUCAGCCAAGUUAUCAGUAUAAAUGAAUAGUCUUUUUUUUCAUUUCUUCAACUCGUCAUCUCCGCGUUACGCUACGAGUAUAGACUAUAGACAAAAAUUGAACAAUUAUCACCACGCUUGUUCAUUGCGGAAUUUCGGUUCCACAAUUCAAUAUUAAGAAUCCACGAUCGGCCACUUUGUAUUCCUUUACCAAUUGUCUGUAGUGUUUUAUAAUAAUAAAUAAAAAAAGUGCAUAAAGCUCUGAAAAAGUUGCAUACAAAUCAGAUCAUAAAACAAAAGAAAAACACCCCGAAAAACCUAUAAACAAAUAAGACAGGAGCACAUAUAUAAUUUCAUUCAGCAGCAUAAUUAUGUGAACACAACAAUUACCUAAUCACUCACCUACUUGCGUCAACAAUUAUACAGAUACUCUAAAUUAUGGAACUAGAGUUUAAAAUGUGAUAUCAUUAAAUGUUAUUGGUCUGUGUCACACAGUUCUAACUGGCAAUCCUGUGCACACGUACGAUGAGACAAGAAAAUUAAAAGAAAUAAAUUAAAAGAUCCGCGCGCGGCUCCUGUACUUAAAAAAAAAGUUUUAAAAUGGACUCAAGAAAAUUUCUUAAAUGUUUUAUAGUUAUAAGUGUUAUAUUCACGUGUGAAGCAAAAAGACCAAACAUAGUAUUUAUAAUAGCUGAUGAUUUGGGCUGGAAUGACGUCAGUUUUCACGGAUCCAAUCAGAUUUUGACACCUAAUAUUGAUUCUUUGGCGUAUUCAGGAGUAGCUUUGGGAAGGUACUAUAGCCACGCAAUAUGUACUCCUUCGAGAGCAGCUUUACUGACUGGCAAAUAUUCACAUAUUACAGGGAUGCAAGGAUACCCUCUAACUAUGAGUGAAGAUCGGGGUAUCCCGACGUGUGUGACUGUGUUGCCAGAGUAUUUGAAAAAAGCCGGUUAUUCUACUAAUUUAGUUGGGAAAUGGCACGUGGGAUCAUCACGUGAAGAUUAUUUACCCACUUCCAGAGGAUUUGACAGUCAUUUUGGACAUAGAAGUGGAUAUAUGGAUUACUAUGAAUAUACGUAUGAGGAAACGUGGUCAGUUGGCAAAGUUUCUGGAAUGACAUUAUUUAGGAACUUAACUGCCGCAUGGGAUGUCAGCGGCUACAUCACCGAUGUGUACACCGAAGAAGCGACAACUAUCAUCAAGAAUCACGACACGUCAUCGCCGCUGUUUCUUUUGGUGGCUCACGUUGCGCCGCACUCUGGAAACGAAGGCUCUAUGUUACAAGCGCCUCCUGAACUCGUCAGGGAAAUGAGAUACGUUGAAUCUCCCGAAAGAAGAAUGUUUGCAGCAAUGAUGAAAAAGCUUGAUGAUAGCGUGGGUGAUAUCGUUCAAGCUCUCCAUAAUAAGAAUAUGUUGGAAGACACAAUAAUUGUUUUCGUAUCGGAUAAUGGAGGCAUGACAAGUGGCUUAUAUAAGAACUACGCUUCCAAUUACCCAUUAAGAGGAAUCAAGAUGUCACCUUUCGAAGGUGGGAUAAGGGUAACUGGUCUAUUGUGGGCUGCAAAUCUGAACAAUGAUAAUCAUUACUGGGACGGCUAUAUGCAUGUUGCAGACUGGCUGCCUACCUUAUUAAGUGCUGCCGACAUACCUAUACCUAAAGGGUUAGAUGGUAUUGACCAUUGGAGAAAUAUUAAUUCUGAUUCAGCGUCUGAAAGGACAACAAUGUAUGAAAUCGAUGAUUAUACAGGUUAUGCUUCAAUGAUAUACGGAAACUUUAAGCUAAUUACAGGAAACGUUAUAAGGGAUUUUGCUACUCACCAAGGAGGUAACCUAACUGGCAUUAUUGGUAAUGCGCCACCUUAUGAGGAUGCCCUUUUACAUAGUACUGUUUACAACGUUCUUGAGUCACUUGGCCGUACCAUCGGUAGAGAGCAUAUAAGUGUGAGAAAAAAGGCAACAAUAGAAUGUGAUCAAACUUCCACUAGUAUUUGUUUUCCAGAUGAUGAUACGGUUUGCUUGUACAACAUCAAAGAAGAUCCUUGUGAAACCACGGAAUUGUCGGCAAAACACCCAGACUUGGUAUUAGAAAUGACUAUUCUACUAAAAGCCGAAGCAGCUAGGAGAAUACCUAGAACUAAACCAACUUACAGAAACCCCUUGUCUGCCCCAAGUCGGUUCAACUACACAUGGGAUGUUUGGAUAUAGGUAAUAUGUUCCAGUUGAUAAAACAGUGAAAAGACUUAGAGAAAAUAAGUUAUAGUGUAUUUCAUGUACAAGCUUCAAGUAUUUAGCUAAUUAGUUUUUAUUAAGUAGCAAUGAACGCUUAUUAUGAAUAUUGAUUGUCGAAUUAAUGCUUCCCAGUGAUAGGAGUCUUUUUCUAGUUAUUGAAAUUUCUCUCAUUUUUUGAUAUCACUUACUACGGUAUAUUUAAAGCACGUCGCAAUGAAAUAUUUACUAGUAUUGGCUAGCAUUUCACUUAUAGUUUUCUGUAUUCACAAGAGUGUGACACUAAAGAUGAAACGUAUUAUUUUUAAGUUAUUUAUGCAAUACAUUUAAGUCGAUUAAGCAA